AGUAGGUGUUGAGAAUUUGAAAAUAGGAGUAGAAAUUGACAAGUCACUGAAGACUUUGACCAGAGGACUCCUUGGCAAUUUUAAUGGAAAUCCAUAUGAUGAUUUUCAACUACCUAAUGGAACAGUUUUGUCUCCUAAUUUAACUGAAGAACAGGUUUUUAACCUAUUUGCAUCCUCUUGUAAGUAAUUUAGUAUUAUUAUGAAAUAUAUCUUUUUGACACAUUAUCUUUGAAAUUUAUACAUUUUCAAUUUCUUUUGCAUUUUUACAAGCCUUUAUUUUGAUGAAUUCCGAAAAUAGGUAACUAAAAAUUGACAACGGUUGAGUUUAAAUUCUUUUCUAAAUAUUUUUUUAAAAAUUUCAGAAUUUACUUUUAAAAAAUAUUUUGCAGAAAAUUUUUAUUUUAUUUUAUGAUAGGAUGAUAGAUCUAUAUUUUUUAAUAAAUUAAUUUCAACUCAUGUUAAGUGUUUUGCAGAAAUUCUUAAAACUUAACAACCAAAAUGUUUCUUUGUUAUCAGAUGUGAUUUUAAGUUUCUCUUCCAAACAGUUUUACUUAUGGGGUGUUUAAAUCAAACAAAUGCACCAAGUGUCAAAUAUUUUUUUUCAGAUCGAGUGAAUGAAGUAAAUUCGAUAUUCAUCUAUGAUGCUGGGAAAUCAUGUGGUGAUUAUCAGCACCCUGAGUUUAUACCAACUUUCAGAAGUAGCUUUACAACAACACAAAUCAAUGAAGCGGCCGAGUUGUGUGGCCUUUCUAGUGAGGACUGCAUCUUUGACCUAAUAGCUACAGGAAAUGAAACUAUUGCUCUUAAUACCAAAUUUUUAACAGAAGAGCAUAAUUUCAAAAUAGAAAAUUUAGGUAAAUGAUUUAUUCUGUUUAUCUUCAGUAUUAAAAUUACAGGAAGAAAAUCAUAUUUUAUCAUUUAAUCUUUGUAAUAACAUACUAAAAAAUACUAAGAUCAUUAUGUGUGAAGUUCAUUUCCAGCCUGAAAAUGGUCAAAAAGCUAAUUUCUCAACUAGAAGGCUAUGUGACAUUUUUGGCAGCCAAAUCAAUAUCAUUCACUUGUGAGUGGUCACCGGGUUGCUUUUGUCAUUUGCAGCAUGCUCUAUUUGUCUUUUGCUGGAAACAAAUUUCUAUGAAAUAAUUAUCGUUAAUCAUCUGUUGUUUUUAUCAGAUGCUAGCAGUUACCACACAAAAUAAAAAGCAAAAAAUACAAAUCAAUAUCCAUUCUCAUAAAAGUCUACUAAUCCAGUAAAACCCUUUACUGCAUUGCUUUUGAAAUGUAUGGAUAAAGCAUUAUUUAUAAUUGGAAUCCUUUUGUAUUUUGUCCACAGAAUGCUGCAAGAGUAAUUCAAAUGUUUCAUCUCUUUUUUAUUUACAGCAAAUAGCUUACCAGAAUUAAAGAUACUCAGUAAUAGCAGUAUUGUCAAUAAAAGAUGGUUUGUUCUCGAGAACCAGAUCAACAUGUUGAAUUUGGAAGCAACUGAUGAAGAUGGUGAUGCUACAACAAUGGAAUUGCUGGACAACAAAACUGAUAGCAUCAGAUUUUGUAAAAAUGGAACUCUGUUUUACACACCGAAUAGUCAAGAACCUGUCAUAAUA